UUUUUAUCCAAUGCCUAGUAUUGUUCCGUCUUUAAUCCACGCUUUUGUUUUGCACUAGUAAUAAUCAACAUCAUAUUUCCAAAACUCCACAACAAACUUUGCGCAUAUUCUUAUACUAACAGCCAAAUUUUGGUGUAUCCAAUUCUAAGAUUCAGACCGUGAUUAGUCCACCAACACGUGAAUCACUUGUAUACUGUUUUCUGUAAUUAGCUUUUGGCCAUGACUUUCUCUUCAUUGUUUUCCCGUUUACGUUCUUGCUCAAAACCCAUUUGCAAUAAUCUACAGCGAACUUCAAUUUUCCAGAGACCCCAAAUUCCAUCUUCUAGCCUUACAGAUCCUGUAAUUUGCUCAAGAAAAACACCUUCAAAUAAUUCAUGGAUUGCUUCUUUAAUCCCUUUAGCCUUUGCUGUCUCUGCUGGUUCUCUUGCUCUCCACUCACACUCACUCUGUCUCACUGAUGCUCCACUUUUUGACCCAAAUAGUGUGAAAAUUGGUGGCAAAGAUAGCACAGAUUAUGUGGUAAAAGGUUAUCAUAGUGAAAUUCCUCCACAGCUUAUAGAAGAGUUGAAGGCAAUUUGCCAGGAUAACAUGACAUUGGAUGAAGAUGAGAGAUACGUUCAUGGGAAGCCUCAGAACAGCUUCCAUAAAGCAGUAAACAUCCCUGAUGUCGUAGUUUAUCCAAGGUCUGAGGAGGAUGUGUCUAAGAUAGUUAGGUCUUGCAACAAGCACAAGGUCCCUAUUGUGCCCUACGGAGGAGCUACCUCUAUUGAGGGACACACCUUAUCCCCCAACGGCGGUGUUUGCAUUGAUAUGACAUUGAUGAAUCGUGUUAAAGCUUUGCACGUUGAGGACAUGGAUGUGGUGGUUGAACCAGGCAUUGGAUGGAUGGAGCUCAAUGAAUACCUGAAGCCCUAUGGUCUCUUUUUUCCCCUUGAUCCUGGACCUGGGGCAACCAUCGGGGGAAUGUGUGCUACACGGUGCUCUGGUUCUUUAGCUGUGAGGUAUGGUACAAUGCGGGAUAACGUCAUCAAUCUUAAGGUUGUUCUAGCUGAUGGAGAAGUUAUGAGGACUGCAUCUCGUGCCAGAAAAAGUGCUGCUGGGUACGAUUUGACACGCCUGAUGAUUGGAAGUGAAGGCACUUUAGGCGUUAUAACUGAAAUAACCUUGCGCUUGCAGAAACUUCCACAGUCUUCAGUGGUUGCAAUGUGCAACUUUCCAACAAUUAAAGAUGCUGCAGACGUUGCUAUAGCCACUAUGCAUUCUGGUAUACAGGUGUCAAGAGUGGAGCUCUUGGAUGAAGUUCAAGUGAGAGCAAUCAAUCUUGCAAAUGACAAAAAAUUGCCGGAGGUUCCAACUUUGAUGUUUGAAUUUGUAGGCACAGAAGCGUAUUCACGUGAGCAAACACGGAUUGUUCAGAAGAUAGCUUCUCAGCACAAUGGCUCUGAUUUUGUUUUCGCUGAAGAACCUGACGAGAAAAAGGAACUCUGGAAGAUAAGAAAGGAAGCACUUUGGGCUUGCUUUGCAAUGGAACCUAAUUCUGAGGCGAUGAUAACGGAUGUCUGUGUACCCUUGUCACACCUUGCUGAGCUAAUAUCAAGAUCAAAACAGGAAUUGGAUGCUUCUCCUUUAACAUGCACUGUUAUUGCUCAUGCCGGUGAUGGAAAUUUCCAUACAGUAGUUCUAUUUGACCCUACCAAAAAGGAACAACGACGAGAAGCUGAGAGGCUAAACCACUUCAUGGUCCAUACUGCUUUAUCAAUGGAAGGCACCUGUACUGGAGAACAUGGUGUCGGUACUGGGAAAAUGAAGUAUCUUGAAAAGGAACUUGGUAUCGAGAACCUGAGGACGAUGAAAAAGAUAAAGGUUGCUUUAGAUCCCAACAAUAUCAUGAAUCCUGGGAAGCUUAUUCCCCCUCAUGUUUGCUUCUAAGGCAGUGUGAAAUGAUAUACGUAUAUUUUUUUCUUCUUUUCCCCGAAUUCGUGUUGUAACAAUGUAUUCUAUGUCAGCUCGAGUCUCCUCUGUACUAGCAUAGACGUUGCUACUGCAGGAUGCUAACAAUAUAUGCAGAUUAAAUAAGUUUUGUAAGCAGUUGAAUUACACAGGAAACAUUGCAGCAGUUCAUUUGAUUGUGUUCAUUUUUCUCUUUC